AUGGCCGCGGCAAGCGCGAGGGCGCAAAAGGCCGUGGGCUCGGCACCAUGGAUCGCCGCAGAGAAAGAGAAUAUGGCCGAACUCGUGGAACAAGAGAUGGAAGAGGUGGAAUAUCCAGUCCGACAUGAAAUGGAUUGGUUGAACGAACAUAUGACCGAGAUCUUCUCCAAGGGUCAAGCAAACUUUGCGGAUGUAUUCAAGACCCCCGGAAAGAUGAGAGGCAAAACUCCUCGAACCGCACGGAAACGCGCUCCAGAAGAGUCUCGGGUGCCCUUGAGCGAGAUCUUUUCAUCUGCCCAAAAACAAUUAGAGUACCAAGCAAGCCCCAGUCCCUUCAUUCAUCGUGUGGUAUCCAAAACCACCGCGCCCACAUCGGCUGUGCCCCGCACAAAGAACGCGACGGAACGGGUGUCGCAACCACAGUACCCAGAUCUCAGCCAGAACCUCAACUCUAUCCCUAAAUACAACACAGACUCGGGAUAUCAUGGUAUGUCAGAUGAUGACGAAAUGGUAUUGCCUGACGUGCAACCAGAAUCACAGGCCUCUACUCAGCCCAUGGAGACGGACGAGCCUAUGGUCUCUGACACUCAGGAGGUUGAUACAUCGCUUGCUCAGCAAAAUACAGAAGAAUCUUUCCACUCCGCGCAAGAGAAUGUCCGCUCCAGAGGGCAGACUGUCGAGCCGCCCAACGACCCAACACCAACUCAGAAGCGAACAACGCGCCCGCUCGAACCGCGUCUGAAGGAAUCUAGUGCAGAAAUCACAUCAACUCCGACUAAAACCACCAAAUUGCAGACCACGGUGCAGAUUGCGGACAAGCAAGAGAGACAGUCUCAGGAGAAGGAACCAGAACCAAAUCAAGUCGAUGAGCCGGUCUCAAAACCGUCGUCUUCACCGGAGAAGGCUCCAGCGGCUAAGACAAUCCAACCCGAAGAAUCUCAAAAAUUGGAUGAAGCAAUGGAGGAUACUACAAAGGAGGACACAGUUCUCGAUAAUCUUGAUGAUAUCGGUUCUCCUUCGGAUGGUUCUACCCCUGAGAGGCCCCUUGUGCGAAAGAGUAGCCUGAGCUUCGCCUCGCUCCCUGCGCGGGAACCGCUAUCAAAGUCCUUGGGAGGCUCGCGUCUCUCUCGGACAAGCCAUGUUGACCCAGCAAAGAUGAACACUGCCGGACGCCCUAGCUACUUUGGCCGACAGACUGGUGGUCACAGGAUGACCCAAACUGCUGCGGAUAACAAUACCGAUUCCGGGGCUUUGGAUAAUGACAACGAUAAACAAUCAAGUGAUGGUCCGGAUCCUGAACAAGCUACCAGGAUGCACAGCAAAAAGUCCACUCAGACCCUACAUGAGAGGAUCAGCAUGCUGGGCAAACUCCAGCCAGCCCGGCCACGGAAAUCAAUUCCAUCCGCUUCUGCAGCGGCAACUGGGCAAGUGCCCUAUCCCGAACUUCCAGCCUCCAAGUCUGAAGCAAAACCCGAAGCCUCUAGCCAGAAGACUGAGGCACCAGCCCCAGAGUCUCAGUCGAAUGAUGAUGAGUGGAUCAAGCCAUUGAGUUCUCCCCAGCGGCUGGAACUUUCUAAGAGCAAGACCAUGGACAUCAUGGAAAAGCUCUCCGAUCUCGAUAAAGAUCGUACAGCGAGCAAAAAGGAACAAUCCACAACAGAGCCAGAAAGACCCAAAUCAUCUACCUCGUUAUUCUCGUCUCCACGACCUGUUGGCCACCAACAGAGCGCUUCUCUGUCUCAUAUUUCUGCUGAUAUGUCUACCACUCCGACAGGCUCUCCCAGGCGCUAUGACGGCCCCAUCAGUGCUUCGAAACUGAGACUGCAGUCGAUCAUGAAAUCCGCCAAAGGCCUAUUUUCGAGCACUGGAAACACACCCAGGAUGGAAAGCUCGUCGCCUGAGCAGCAUCGUGUCAAGCGAACUGCUGAGAUUGCAGAUGGUAACGACCGAACUGCAUCUCAGCCAACCAAGUUUACCAGUCCUCCUCGUCAGGAAGGUCGCCGAACGCGAAGCUCUACCGAGAAAGAAGAGAAGCGUCGACAGCAUGAGCGUGAGGAACGGGAGGAACAGGAACGGGAAGAACAACAGCGGGAGGAACAACAGCGGGAAGAGGCCCGUCUGGAGAAGUCUCGGGAGCAAGAAAAGCUAAGAGCCCUGCGACUCAAAGCCGCUCAAGACAAAUCCUCGAUGGAGCCAGAAGAGAAGGCCGCACCAAAGGCUUCUCAAUCGCAGCGACAGCAAUCUCGGGAACCUGAAUCAUCUCAGGAUACCGGCUCCAAAUUCGGAAUCCCUCAGCCCAAACAAAAUGAUCGACGUCCUCUCAAGCCGACUCGUGAGGCUGUUCAAAAGCCCAAGCCGCCACAGCCUAUGUCAAUUCGGGUUGGCAGCACACUCUCCCGUCAGAUUCCCAUGGCGUCUUCAAGCGUUCGAGACUCUACUGUGUCGACAGCUGCCCCCGCCUCUGCCGCAAAGCCCACCCUUAAGAAGAAGGGUAGUAACAAUUCCCUACAUACAGCUUCUUCCGCAAGCAGCUUUAAGAGCACUGGUUCCAGUCAAACUCAAGCCCAGCGUAAGGCUCAGCUUGCUAGUGAGCGCAGGAAGGAACAAGAGGACCGCCGAAAGGAGGAACAAAAACGUGAGAUGGAUCGCAAGCGAGCUCAGCAGCAGCAAGAAGAGGCUCGCCGACAAGAUAUGCGCAGCCGUGCUGAAACCGAACGAGAGCGCCGCGAGCCCUCGGCCCAGGAGGAUCCGGAGAAAGCCGCCCGUAUGCAGGCCAUUAGAAAUCGACAAAUGGAAAACGCUCGGAAGCACGAAAGGCAUGGCAGCCAGCAGAUGAAAGAGGUUCCGGUUCUCCAACAUGAGAAGCCAUCUUCUCAGUCUUCUCAGCGCGGUGACUUGGGUGCUUCUCGACCUCCCUCUCGCUUGGGCUCUAUGCAACCGUAUAGCAGCCGUAUCAACCCACCCGCCCCUAACCCUGCCAAACCUCUGAAGAGAGGCAUGGACGAAGAGGCCAAUCACAGACCCGCAGUCUCCAAGCCUGCCAACGUGCACUCGACCAGCGAAUCCAAGCGCAGAAAGACAGAGGAUGAGCAUAAUCCUAUUCAACCCGUGCGAGCUCCCAUGCCGCCCCCUGUUCGUACCUCAAGUAUCAGAAAGCCCUCCAUCUUUGGACAUUCACAGUCAUCUAUGUCGCACCAGUCUGGUUCUUCCUUCAAUAAUGCUCAACCCCAGCGACCUGCACACCCCAUGGGCUUGGCCAAGUACACAAAUGGGAAGAUCCCAUUUGCCGAACCUAAUCAUGCGCCGCCACCCGCGCCCAAAGCCGCCCCUGGAUCUGCGCCGCGUGCACCAGCCAAGCCAUCUCCCAAGUACCCCAGUGGUGAGAGCAUCCAUUUGCCAGAGAUUGCCACCGACAGCGAGGACGAAGACGACUCUGACUCUGAGAUGUUCCCCGUGCCCGAUUGGGCUCAACCCAAGCAUCUGGAGGGACUUCUUCGCCAACAAGAUGGUAUGGAAGUUGAUUCGAUCUUUGGACCGAUUGCACCUUUCUCCAUGGAGGAUAACUUCAAGGGCGACAAGAAAAUCAAGAAAUAUCGCGAGCGUACCAGCAGUGCAAACUGGUCCGGCCCUGAUGGACUUACCCAGGAGGAAAUCCGGAAGGAUCUUGCCGAGCGACAGCGUCUGCGACUCAACGGCGGCUGGCGUUUCAACAGCAGCACCUAG